UAUAUCGUUGCCAAGGGCCUAUCUUAACUAAGAUACAAUUGUAGCUUCCGUGUGUUUAAUAAUAUAUACAAAUAAAUAAAUGAGUUAUAUACAUAUUAGCUCAUGUAUCGCUUACUUCCAUUAUUCAAUCGAUUUUGCCAUGUGUUGAGCAGGAGAUUGAGCUUUAAACAACUGUGUAGAACUCGACUCCACGUCCUACCUUUCUUCAUCGACAAAUUUACUUCAGUUGAACAUUGAACAAAAUGUUUGUGUUUUUUCGUUUUAAUCAUAUUCAUUGUGUUUAUCGUGUUCAUGAUAUUAAUAAUGGUAGUCCAAAAUUUAAACAUUAAUCAUGAAAAUCUGUAGAAAUUACUGAUAAUACAAAUAUCAUACACUCAGUACUUAACAAUAAAUAGAUUUAAACACAUUUUCAGUAAGUUUCAGGAGGUGGUUGUCACACAAUAAAUCAAUAGUACUAUGGUCUUCUAUAAUUUAAUUCUAAGAUGAUGAAAUCAAUACGUAAAAGAUGAAUUCAUAUAGUUACCGAUGUCCUUUACUUGGCACCACAGUCUACGUGUGUUUGCAGAGAGAUUUGUUUGAAACUUGAAGUUUCUUAGUUACCAGGCUAAGCGUACAUUAUAACGAAGCAUGAGGACAAUACUAAAGUUUGAUAAAGAGGAUAAAGUGGGAAAAAAGCUUUUUCAUCCAGAGGACCGAUUCAUCACGCAGUGGAAUAAAACUUUCUUAUUAUGUUCUGUGGUAGCAUUGUCUUUGGAUCCUGUAUUCCUAUAUAUUCCUAUAAUCAAUGGCAAGAAGAAAUGCCUUGAUAUGGACCGAACUUUGGCAAUUGUUGUAUGUGUUCUUCGUUCCAUUGCUGACAUAUUAUAUGUAUUUCACAUCAUUAUCAUGUUUCGGACCAUGUGCCUUACUCCUUCUAACUUUGAAUUUGGAAGAGGAGAAUAUAUAGAUAAACCUCGCUAUGUGGCAAAACAUUAUCUAAAGUCUUAUUUCAUCAUGGAUAUAUUAGCUGCACUUCCCCUUCCACAGUUUGUAGUUUUUGUAAUCAUCAAUAGUCUAGAUGGGCCAUCCUCAGUUUCGAAGGAAAAUCUAUUGAAAUUCAUCAUCUUCUCUCAGUAUUUCCUUCGAGUUAUACAGACUUCCUUGUUCUAUCAGAAAGUGACCAAAACUUCUGGUUUCGUCAUUGAAAAAGCAUGGGCUGGAGCUGCUUUUAACUUCUUUCUCUAUGUGCUUGCUAGCCAUGUGGUUGGAGCCCUUUGGUACUUGUUUGCAAUAGAAAGUGAAAUGAGAUGCUGGCGUAGUGCAUGUAAAAGGCAUAAAUGUAACUCAAAUUAUUUAUAUUGCGGAAAAGACCAUGUGAAAAAUUACGGAUUCCUCAAAACUUCAUGUCCACUUCUUGAAAGGAAUGAUAUUAAAGAUUCAACAAACUUUGAUUUUGGCAUAUUCCUUGAUGCUCUUCAAAUUCGUAUUUUAGAAACGAGGGACUUUCGGCAGAAAAUUUUGUAUUGUUCGUUGUGGGGUUUGCAAAGCCUAAGCUCUCUUGGUCAAGGUCUUAAAGCAAGCACAUUCUAUGGGGAAAUUCUUUUUGCUGACUUUGUUGCUGUCAUUGGGUUGGUUCUCUUUGCUUUGCUGAUCGGCAAUAUGCAGAAAUAUUUGCAGUCUUUGUCAAACCUGACUCACAGAAUGGAAGAGAUGAAAGAAAAAUGGCGAGAAGCAGAGGAUCUCAUGUCACACAUGUCACUCCCUGACGCGUUGAGGCAACGAGUUAGGAGAGACAAGCAGUACAAAUGGAAAAUAACGCUUGGUGUGGAGUUAGAUACCUUUUUCCGAGACCUUCCACAGGAUUUAAGAAGGGACAUAAAACGUCAUCUUUGCUUAACUUUACUAAAGAGAGUGCCAGUUUUUAAACAAAUGGAUGAUAUAUUAUUGGAUGCUGUGUGUGACAGACUAAAGCAAGUUCUUUAUACACAGAAUAGCUUCAUAGUGCGCAGAGGUGAGCCCGCUAGUGAAAUGCUUUUCAUCACACGUGGCGAGGUAGAGGUAGAACGCUAUAUAACCGACGAAGGAACGUUUGCCUACUUUAAUGCUCGCAACCUCAAGGCUGGUGACUACUUUGGAGAAGAACUUCUCACAUGGGUUUCAGAUCCUAGAAGUCAACUUCCGUUUUACACUAGAACAGUCCAAGCACUUACAGAUGUUCAAGCUUUUGCUCUAGUGGCCGACGAUCUUUUAUUCGUUGCAUCACAGUUCAGUAGUUUCCAUAGUAGGCGUGUCCAAUAUGCUUUUAGGUUCUGCUCACAGCAGUGGAGAACUUGGGCAGCCUGCUACAUACAGACUGCAUGGCGGACACACUGUAAAAGGAAGCGUGAAAAAAUGUAUAAUGCAUAAUUAAGUUUCUUUAGAUGAUGGACGGCAUUUGAUGAUCAAGACAAGAUAAAUGUAAUUAGGUCCAUUCAUUCAGCAUUUGGUUUCCUUAGUAAAUAAUUUAUUAUGUUUUCUAUGACCUUAACAUGGUUAACAUGGUGUUUAUCCAGCUACGGUAUUUUAACACUAUUUUGUUAUUUAGAAGUUACCUCA